CAAACAGUGUGUAGCGUGUCUGUCGCAUCAAACAAUUUUGCAAAUUUCACCGUUGAGCACUGAGCACUUUCAUUUCGUGUCACCACAUUUUCCUUCAUUCCAUCUCCACCACCACCCUCCUGGUGCCCUUGACGUCCCAGGCCGUCCCUUGACGCGUUUCUGGGCCCUUUUUGCCCCCUAGGGAUCGUGGUUUCACCUUCCCAAAGAGGCACGCUCGGUCGCAUCUGUAACCAGAGCGACUUCUUCCUUCCACCACCGCGACGAUGGGAUGCCUUCACUAAAAGCCUACACGCCUUAUGAGACACUCGCCUUCUGCCAAUCUGUUGCCUGUCAUGGCUCUGAUACUGCUGCCUUUGAGGGCAUCGCGACCGCCUUGAAUGCCAACCAACUUAUCCGGGACAGCGAAACAUAUGACCAGACUCGUUUGACGGCCGCAGCGCUGCAAGGACUGUACCAUGAGCUCCUGGUCGAAGAAAGGAAUGCGCAGACCUUUUCCAUGGUCAAUGGCGACAACGGUCCAAACGGUACAAAUCCGCGAAAGCGAAAGUUGUCCACUUCGCCAGCUCCAUCUCCAGCCGCGACUAGAGGCGACGAUGGAGAUGAACAAAGAAUCCUGCAAGCACUGGUGGACAAGCUGUAUGCUCGCUUCAGGGAGCAGACCAUAAAAGAGAUUCGGCAGGAAGAGGAAGACUAUCUCAGAUUGCAGGCUGAAAUCGCAGAACUGGAAAAGGCUGAAGACCUCAAUAACAAGCAACAAACCGAUACUGAAGAAACGAAAAGGGCACAAGUUGAACCACCCAAGACGACCGCAGAGGCAAUCCCUAAGCCACCAGCGGUUGAGAGCAGCACUGAUGCCGCAGCCGCGGCGCUGCCUGCUAACCUCGAGGUCAAUCGAACCGAGCAGCUCACCUCGAGCGCGGCGGCAGCGACUCCAGCACCAGAUGCAGAGGCGUCGCCUACAUCUGUUCGCAGCAGCCUGCACCAACCUGUAGCGCCUGCUCGUUCUCCUGCACCCAGUACUCCCACCCUUGCUCCCAAAGUAUCAACGGACUCUGCUUCGAUAAGACCGUCGCAACCUCCUCAGGCACAUCCUCAUCUGUCGCCAGGAGCAUUUCAUCGCACUCUUCCAGUCCCUUCGCCUCAACGACCGAACUAUGGCGCUAUUAACCCCCAACAUUUUCAGCCUGGUCCUCAAGGCCAACCCGUACCGGUAUUACCACAGUAUGCGGGAUCGCCUCACAUGCCUCCACCUGCAGAAUUUCCUCCUCAAAAGCGCGGAAGUUCGGCAUCUGGUCAGGGAAGAGGAUCUCCUAUUCCAAUGCAGUCUCAACAACCAUAUCCAGGGUAUGCUGGGUACCCACAGCAACCUCCCUGGCCUCAUCAUAUGCCGCCUCAGUAUGCCCAGCCUCCGCCAUAUCCUAACUCUCCAUAUUACAUGCAAUCACCUCCUGGGCGGCCUACAAUACCAUAUCAAACUCCACAUCAUCCGGGAUACGCCCCGUAUCCUCAAAGUGCGCCGAUCCACUACCAGGGGCAGUCUCCACAUCCUCAAAUAUGGCCAUCACCACAGCCUGGUCAGCCAUACUAUGGCUAUCCUGGUUCUGCGAACGUGACACCAGUACCUAGAAGCGACUCGCGGCAAGCAUUACCGAGAGGAAGAUCGUCAACGCCAUGGAAGAGGCGUUCUCAAGUUCCCGUUGGUGUACGGCCAUCCAGCCCGACUCGACCAGAGCGCGAGGUUAGUCCUCUCACCGAUACGGAAUCGCCGACUCGGAGAGGAAAGGUCACCAAAUCUCCCGGCAAGGCAGACCACAAGGCCGAAGAAAGUAGCAUUCCCACUCGAGAAGUUGCACAGACGGCGAGAGGCCGACAAGCAACAAGUGCGACCCCCAGCGCAUUCGCUGGGUCACGAUCACAGUCGCUUGCCUCUUUCACGUCGGAUACACCCACAGAUAGGCGCAAGAAGGGUGGACAGGCUCAAAAGAUCAAGGCUGAACCACCCAGUACUCCUGUACCAAUACCGUCGGACACGGAGCAGCCGCCCCAAAGAACCAGCACUCGACGAGGCAGACCUCGAACCACGACUGCGACGACCAAGGCUGAUCUGGUCCAACCAGCUGCCGCCACAAAUAAACGCAAGCGUUCACUAGACCGCGAUUCUGCCACUCCUCCUGCGUCGCUCGUAUCACAGUUACCAUCCCCAGCAACCACGGCAGCAACACGUAUGCUCUCUCAACCCUCUGUGCAUCGCCAAUUAUCGGCCUCUAUGUCGCACGAUCCUUCACUCGUUUGUGUAUCUAGAAGCUUCGCAAAAACGGCUCAGCUCUUACUGAAUGACCUCGUCUCCCACAAACUCGCAAGCAUCUUCGCCAAGCCGCUUUCCGAGCGCGAUGCGCCGGGAUAUAAACAUCUUGUAUCAAAACCCCAGGAUCUGAAGAGCAUCAAGGCGGCGAUCACGAAAGGAGGGAAAGCGGCUUUGGCGGCAAUUGAGGCGUUCGAAGAGAGAACCGAAAGCAAAACUGUAGGAGGGAAUGAAGGUGAGAGUGAGCAGAAUUCUGCGGCCAAUGCCACGGCAGCCGCGACUGCGUUGGAUGGGAAUUCGACGGGGGGCGAGAGGGCGCUGGGAAAUGGAGUCUACAUUGUCGGAGCAACAGAAGACCUUGUCCCUCCAAAAGGAAUCGUGAACUCGGCGCAGCUCGAGACGGAGCUCGUUCGGAUGUUUGCAAAUGCAGUCAUGUUCAACCCUUUGCCAAGCUCAGAACGAGGAUUCGGCCGCUCUCUACGCCUAAGGAAACGAGGUGGAGAUGUUGCUCCCCAAUCCCACGACGUGGAUGGUGAUCGUGACGCAGGAUCGGUAGAGAGCGAAGAAUCAGACGAAGGCAGUCCCAGCGAGGAGAUCGGCAUAAUCUCUGACACGCGAGAGAUGUUCGAGGACGUUAUGACCAAGCUUAAGAAGUGGAAAGAGCUUGAGCUUGAAAGACUGGGAAACGUGGGUGCUGGGUUGAAUACAGAGACCGAGCACGCCGCGGCGACCCCGGUUCCGAGCGCCUUGAAGUCAACACCCCAUGCACCGGCACUGGGGAGCCAUAGUGGAAAUGGGAGUGCGAAUGUGAGCGUCGUUGUCAGCGCCAACCCGAGCCUCAGACACUCGGAGAGUGUUGAGAAAGAGGAUGAAGGAGCAGCGCCGAGUACUCCAGCGGCAUCAGUUACGGGCACAGCGAGAAAAAGGAGGCGGAUUGCGGACGGUUAGUGGACUCUUGUGAUGCAGUGACCUCUGCCAUGAGGUUGUCAUGAUUGUGGGAGAAGUUUCUCGUUCUGCGUACGACUUCAAAGUCUAUGUGGCUGAGUGCCUGGUAUGGUAACGGAGAGCUUGUCACAGCUGAGUAAUGUGUCUGGCACUGGUAUGUUGUAGAACUACGGACAUUUGAGAUUUCAGCAAGGCGUAUGUAUGACAAGGACCAUCCAUGUGUUUUCGGAGCUUUGGGUUGAUGUGACAAAGUCUCAAUUGAAGAGAUGGUGGCGAGUGACGAAAGAGAUGAUGUCUCGCUCUGCUUUGGACAUGUGUUCGCACGACCCAGGAACCAUGACGAAGUGAUAAAUGUUUGUUGUUCUAACACUUGGUCGGUAUGCAAAACAUUGAAAACGACCUGUCU